UCAACAGAUAGACAUUUUUCACACAGAACUCACAUCUGGAGAAACAAGAUGACGACCGUUGAUGAGUUCAAUGCUACCGAUCAUGUCAAGGAAAAAGAGGAUUACUUCAUGGCGAGCGAUGAGGAGGCACAACGAUUGUCCAAUCAGCACUGGGUGAUCAAAGAUGCGAUGCCAAGUAAACAACUUGUCUGUGCACCUGUCGACAUGUCGCGUGAUCAACUGUGUAUUCUUGACUCGGGGACUGCCGACGGCACAUGGAUUCUCGAUUUGAAUAAGGAAACGGGUGGAAGGCACAUUUUUGUAGGCACAGACGUGCUUGAAUCCCAACUGCCAACCGUUUACCCCUCGAAUGCCACGUUCCAUGCCCACGAUAUCAACAACGCAUGGCCAAAAGAAUACAAAGAAUAUUUUGACUUGAUACAUCAGAGACUGACGCUGCCUUUCGCGGGAAACAAGUGCAAGGAGUCAUUGUCAGCGCUCAUGGAUAUGGUCAAGCCGGGCGGGUGGAUUCAGCUUAUGGAAGGAACGUUGCUGACCACUGACUCGGUGGAGGUAAACCCUUGCAUGCAUAACUAUCUCAAGAUAGUCCAUGCCAUCUACAAAAGCCUGGGUGCCCCGCUCACAUUGAGUAGAGAUAUACCACAGUGGCUCAAGGAGGCGGGUUUCGUGAACGUGGAAACCCGAGAGAUUCAUGUACAAAUGGGAGCCAGCAACAAAGACACCGAUCUGGGAAAAAGAGGGGCUGCGACCCAGAGAGAUGCUGCGAAAGGUAUGGUGGAGGCUGCUAGAAAGCUUCCCAAGUUACCGAUUUCUGAGAAACUUCUGGACACUUUUGUAGAGGAUUUUACUCGGGAGUUAGGGCAGAAGGGCGCAUGUUUCCCUAUCAUGGCGAUCUGGGCACAGAAAUAGGCUGUUGGGACGUAGCAACAACAAGAAAUAACAAUCUCUCCUGACAUUAAUUUUUUGUCCGACGUGAAACUCAACCUCACUGCAUUCUAAUUGUAUACAUUUUUGGUUAACCUGACACCUUUGAUGAAGACUGCAGAAUUAUUUUGGCAGUGUAAGAGAGCGGACGAUUACUCUUAAACUGUGAAAAUGGUCUAUCGGUGCUUUGCAAAUGUCCCCCUCCUCCCCCAAUAUAUGUUAAAAUCAAUGAUUUCAGACCUAAAUAGGUAUUUUCCCCGGUCUCUCCUAUU